AUGAAUGAAUCUGAGCUGCUUGUAGACCGCAAAUCCAAAUUUCAAGGUCGUUGUUGUACUUUAACAAACAGAACAAAGAUAGAUGAGAUAUUACAGAACCUUUUAGAAAACGACAAACGAGUUCGUAAGGCCAGUCAUCCGCAUAUGUAUGCCUGGAGGAUAGGUGCCACUGAGCAAGGUUCUUCAGACAAUGGCGAGAAUGGUGCGGGACAGCGGUUGCUCACGUUGUUGCAUCAGGCCAAUGUUGUAAACGUACUUGUGAUAGUGACAAGAUGGUAUGGGGGAAUCCCACUGGGUUCUUCACGGUUUCGACACAUUUCAAGCACUGCGGUUGCAAGUCUCAAGAAAGGUGGGUUCUUACCUUGA